AUGGCUCGCUACAUCGCUACCGUUGCCCUGCUAGCAACCUAUCCCCUCAUGGGAAGCGUUAUGGGUCAUCCUGGCGCUGAUAUCGAGGCGGAGAUUGCUGAGCGUGCUGCGUGGAUCAACAGCCCCGAGUACCGCUCGCUUGAUACCUGCAAAAGUUCCAUCAAGUCUCGGGACCAAAAAUUAGUUGAUGCUCGUGUGGAUAAGUUCUACCAGCUUCGGGAGAAGAGAGGCUUGGCCAAGCGCAGUUUCCGUGACGUCUUGCUCACCAGCCACCACUCAAACAAGACCGUCACUCCUGAUAGCACCCCUGAGGAAAUCUUCGGAUCCGACAACUCCUGCAUCUUGCAACCAAAAACUACCGAAGGACCCUGGGUUGCUGGUGAACUCGUUCGCCAGGACAUCACUGAUGGCGAGCCGGGUGUUCCCUUGACUUUCGAUGUUCAGCUUAUCGACACCACUACUUGCGAGCCCCUCUCCAAUGUAGCUCUUGAAGCUUGGUACUGCAACUCGACUGGCGUAUACGGUGGUGUUAGUGCUCGUGGAAAUGGAAACCCCAACGACCCGAAAGCGAAGUACAACGCUGCACUCCGUGGUAUCCAGUUUUCCGACGACGACGGCAUUGUUUCCUUCGACGCCAUCAUGCCGGGUCACUACACCGGUCGUGCUGUCCACAUACAUAUUAUGGCCCACAUCGGAGCUACCACCCUUGCCAAUGGCACCAUUGCUGGGGGCCAUAUUGCCCAGGUCGGCCAGCUAUUCUUCGACCAAACCCUCAACCAAGCUGUCAACGAGGUUUCGCCGUACAGUACCAACAAACAAUCUUUCACAAUAAAUAGCCAGGAUGGUAUCAUGGCUCAGGAAGCAGCCACCAGCGAUCCUGUUCUUAACUACGUAUAUCUUGGCGCUGAAGUUAAAGAUGGCAUUUUUGGGUGGGCUUCCGUUGGUAUUAACCCCAAGUCUGUGUACACUGCCCGUCCUGCCGCAUACUACACUGGCCCAGCAUAG